AUGGAAGCUGAGUUCUCUCAUUGUCAGAUGUCGUGGGUAUUGACAGGGGACUUGAGUUGUAUUUGCAGUCAAGAGGAGAAAGUUGAGGGUCGAAAUGUGUCCUUCUCAGAUAUAAAGUGGCUUAGAGACUUCAUGGAUAACACUGGGAGUGUGGAUUUGCAGUUUAUUGGCAACAAGUUCACAUGGCAAAACAAUAGAUUUUCUGGAGGUCUGAUUAGAGAGCGUCUUGAUAGAGCUUUAUGCUCUCCAGAAUGGUUGUUGGAGUAUGCCUCAGCGGGUGUGAGGAAUUUGCCUAUCUCAAUCUCUGACCAUGCUCCUAUAAUUCUUGAUACUCAUAUGUUCAUUGCUAGAGGUUUUAUACCUUUUCGUUUUUUUGAAGCCUUGUCGUGGGAAGAUUCUUGUAAGCAAGUAAUUGCUUCUGCCUGGUCCUCUUCGGGUGGAACUGCUACUGGGACUUUCAUCCGAAACAUUCACCAAUCAAAAAUUGCCCUUCAGGCUUGGAAGAAGAAUCUUAAGGGGAUAAAUGAUGGUGAAAUUAAAGACUUAGAGGGAAUACUUGUUUGGAUUCAAAACCAACCUAUUAUAGCAGUACUUAAAGAAGAAGAGUUGAGAGUUCAAACACUGCUCUCGGCUGCCUGGUCCAAAUUAGAGAGCAUGUGGAGACAAAAGUCAAAGGAGACUUGGCUAGCCUUGGGAGAUAGAAAUACCAGUUUUUUUCACGCUGCAACAAUUAUCAGGAAAAGAAGAAAUAGUAUAUGGUCUCUCAAGGAUAAGGAAGGGAAAGUCUGGAAGGAUAGGAAGCAUAUUGGGGAAGUAAUCUACUCACACUUCAUGGAAUUGUUCACCUCUGCAAAACCAGUUAUUGAUGAGAUGUUUGAAGGUUUGUUUGUUAAUAAGAUUGAUUCUCUUUCAAAUGAAAAGUUUGCCAGUAUCCCCUCAGAUGAAGAGAUUAAAGAAGCAGUUUUCAGUCUCCAUCCUCUAAAGGCCCCGGGGCCUGACGGGUUUUCAGGUUGUUUCUACCAUAAGUAUUGGGAUGUUGUAGGAGCCAAUCUAUGUACUACAGUUAAGGAAUUUUUCUCAAGUGGCAGAAUAUUGCGUCCGCUCAUGAACGAUUUAGUUUACCCUUUUCAGUCUGCGUUUAUUCUAGGAAGGUGGAUAGCAGAGUCAUCUAUUCUCACUCAAGAAAUAAUUCACAAGAUUCUGCAUAAAAGGGGUCGUGGGGGUCUUAUGGCCUUGAAGCUUGACAUGCAUAAGGCUUAUGACAAAAUGGAAUGGGACUUCCUUGACAGAGUACUCAGAGCUAAUGGAUUCAACGAAAGAUGUAGACAGCUCUUGAUGGCGUGUGUUACAAGCGUUUCAUACUCAGUCUUGCUAAAUGGGUGCCCUCUUAAAAAGUUGAUUCCCCAGAGAGGCCUUCGUCAAGGAGACCCGAUGUCUCCAUUCCUAUUUCUUCUUCGCCAGGAGGUUCUGUCUAAGCUCAUCUGUAAGGCAGAAGGCAGAGGCUUAAUCCAUGGGAUCAAGAUUGCUCUUUCAGCCCCUCCAGUUUCUCAUCUAAUGUUCGCUGAUGACACGAUCCUUUUUGCCCGUGCUAACAACAAUGAAGCUGAGAAGCUGAUGGAGUGCAUUUCAACUUAUGAGAAAUGGUCAGGCCAAUCUUGCAGUAAGCCUAAAUCUAGUGUUCUUUUUUCGAAGAAUAUCACCAGGAGAUGUAAAGAUCAAAUUUUGGGUAACCUGAAUAUUGAUCAAGUUCGUGGAGAAGAAAGACACCUGGGCAACCCAUUCGUUUUCAAAAGAAGGAAAAAGGAGGACUAUGUGAGGCUCAAAGAUAACAUAAUGAAGAAAUUAGAGGGAUGGAAGAUGAAGCUUCUAUCAUAUGCAGGGCGGCUAACCUUAAUCAAGUCAGUAACUUCAGCAAUGCCAAUUUAUGCUAUGUCUACCUCUAAGAUUCCAAUCUCUACUUGUCGUGAACUUGAUUCGAUGAUGAGAAAAUAUUGGUGGAUAGGCAAUGUAGACAAAGAUAGAUACUUGGCCCUCAAGGCGUGGGAUCAAAUUUGCCAACAAAAGGCUUCAGGUGUACUGGGGUUGAGGAAAUGUGAAGACAUGAACAAAGCCUUGCUGUCUAAGUUGGCCUGGAGUCUUGCUGUUCAAGUUGAUAAACCUUGGGUCAAGUGUUUGUUGGGAAAAUACUAUAAACAUGAGAGUUUUUGGAGUGUCAAGAAGAAAAGCAGCGAUUCUUUUCAGUGGAGAGGCAUUUUGGAAAGCAGAGAAGCGAUUCUAAAAGGCUACAUAUCAAUUGUAGCUUCAGGUUGUUCUAUUAAUUUCUGGCAUCGGCCUUGGAUCCCUUGGCUAGAAUUUAAUGAAUUUGCGGAGCUGAUGGAAAGUAUCAGGGGUAGAGGAUAUACAAUUCAAACAUUGAGGGAUGUCUCAAUUGAUAAUGAUUGGAAUGAGGAGAUUUGCCCCAGAAAAAAGAUUUGGAAGUGGAUUUGGGAUGCAGGAAUCCAUCCAAGAAACUCAGUGCUGUUAUGGAAAAUCUUGAAUGAGGCUAUUCCUACAAAGAACCGGUUGCACUUUUUGCAUGAUAAAACCUGCAACAUUUGUGAAGCUGAUGAGGAAAAUGCUUUUCAUUUGUUUAGAAGUUGUAGUUUUUCAAAAGCCAUCUGGUUUGGAGGAAGAUUCUCCUUCAGAAUAAAUGACAUCCCAGGAGACAAUCUCAUUAGUAUGUUGGAAGGUAUAAUUGAAUUGGUGACAGGUGUGGAAAGGAAGGAAUUGAUUAACUACAUUGGGUACAUGUUCUCUGAGAUCUGGUUUCAAAGGAAUGCCUUCUGCAUUCGGAAUGCAGAGAUCAAUCUUUCCUAUGCAGUGGCUAGAAUUGAAAAGAGUUAUGCAGAACUCCAGAAUUUGGUCACAUCAAAGAAGGGGGGACUCUCUGAAGCACGAUGCACAUACAGUAUUCAAGAGCCAGAGGGAUAUCAUGGAUCACUAAACAGGCAGAGGUGCAAUGUUAUUUUUUCAGAUGCUUCAUGGUUCAAGGGAGAUGCAGGUAUUGCAGCUGUAAGUGUUGAGAUUUCCACUGGGUGCUGGCAUGUUAAGACUCAAAAGAUCAGGACAAAUUCGGUGUUAGAAGCUGAACUGAAAGCGAUCCUUCUUGCUCUGUCAAUGGCAAUUGAGCUAGGGUGGCAAGAAGUUCAUAUCCUCUCAGAUUCAAAGAUAGCUGUUCAAGCUUUAUCACCAUUGUUGGCAAGAGGUGUUCCAGAUUGGAGGGUGGCUGAUGUCUAUUAUAAUAUAGUUAAUUUAUCUAAAAAGUUCCUUAGCUGUCGUUUUUUCUUUAUAAACCGUAAUUUUAAUGUUUGCGCGAAUGGUGUAGCCAAAACCGCUAGAGUUUCUAGCGAGUUGGCAGUUUUGUAUCAAGGGGAGGGUAAUCCCCCUGUGGUUCCCAUCUAUUUUCUUAAUCAAUGA